AUGAAGGUCCUUGGAGAAGCAUCAUAUGUGUUGGGAGUUGAGAUUCACAGAAAAAGAGCGAAAGGGUGGCUAGGUUUGUCACAGAAAGCCUAUAUGGUUAAGGUGUUGAAGAAAUUUAACAUGCUUCAAAGUAAUGGAGUUGAGGUCCCAAUUUCAAAACAAGACAAAUUGAGCAAGGAAGACUGUCCAAGGAAUGAUGUAGAGAGAGUAGAGAUGAAGGACAAACCAUAUGCUUCAGUUGUAGACAGUAUCAUAUAUGCACAAGUGUGUACACGACCAGACUUGGCUUUGAUUUAG